AUGGAGCUAAUUGGCCUUCUCCCUGUGCUGGCCUGGCUGCAGAUCCUCCCCCGGCUGGUGUCGUCCGAGGGGACCGAAGGACCCGGUUCAUCCCCUGGCCCCCUGCCGCCCCCCACACUCUCUCUGGGCUCCCAGUAUCCUGUGUAUUACCAGGGGGAGCGUGUUAACCUCAGCUGCUCAGCCCCCAGGGGCGAGGCAGUGACGGGAUACAGAUUCUACAGGGGAAGAGGCGGCCAGACCCCGGAGGAGCUCCCAUCUCCCAGCGGGGCAGCCCGGCUGGAGCUCAGGGCCGAGACGGGGAAUCAGGGGCCCUACACCUGCCAGUACUGGAGAAAGGAGUCUGGGCAGGAGAUCCCAUCCACGGAGAGUAACACGGUCUAUAUAACCGUGCAGGCCCCCCCGGCUGCCCCCACGCUCUCCCUGCACCCCCCACACCCAGUCUAUCUCCCAGGGGAGCGUGUGACCCUCAGGUGCUCGGCUCCAGGGAGCGACAGGCUGCAGGGAUACAGGUUCUAUGGGGAACAGGAGAGGCUGAUCCAUGACGAGGUCCCUGCCCCGGCUGGGGGCGCUGGGCUGGAGAUCGUGGCCGAGAUGGGGAAAGCCGGGGUGUAUACCUGUGCAUACAGGAUCCCGCGAUCCGGGCGACAUAUCCUGUCAGAGAGAAGCCGGCCAGUGUCCCUAUCAGUGCAAGCCCCCCCGGAAGCUCCAUCCCUCUCCCUGAGCCCCCCACACCCCGUGUACCUCCCCGGGGAGUCUGUCACGCUCACGUGCUCCCCUCCAUCGGGGGCACCAGUGGCUGCCGGAUUCCAGUUCUCCAGGGAUGGGGGAUGGAGGAUCACAUCCAGGAGCAGCAAUGCCCAUGGCCUGAACAUCAUGAAGCCGGAGGACUCCGGGUCAUACACCUGUGUGUACUGGAUACGCCCAUCCGGACGGAAGAUCCAGUCCCUGGACAGCCGCCCCGUCUCAAUCACUGUCACAGCCCCCCCGCAGACCCCCAGGCUCUCGCUGGACCCCCCGUACGCCGUGUAUCUCCCAGGGGAACGGCUCAACCUCAGCUGCUCGGCUCCCGGGGCCCAGGAAGUGACAGGCUACAGAUUCUACAAGCGACGGCCGGAGCAGAGCUCUGAGGAGCUGCCAUCGCCCCGGGGGGGACCCCGGCUGGAGAUUCUGGCUGCGGUGGGGGACGAAGGACCAUACACCUGCCAGUACUGGAGCAGGGGGUCCGGACGAGAGCUCCCCUCGGGACUUAGCCAGCCCAUCGCCAUACGUGUGACGGAGCCACCCCCUGCCCCUCGGCUCACUCUGGCUCCCCCACACCCCGUGUACAUCCCAGGGGAGUGGGUGACCCUCCGGUGCUCGGCUCCCCUGGAUGAGGGGGUGGCCAGGUACAGAUUCUACAGGCAACGAAGGGAGCUGAUCGCUGACGGGGUCCCUGAGCCGACAGGGGGCACCCGGCUGGAGCUCAGGGCUGAGACGGGGACGGCCGGGCUGUACGUCUGUGUGUACUGGACACUGUGCGCCGGGCGAGAGGUGCCAUCCGGGGAGAGCCGGCCUGUCUCCGUGUCUGUGACAGAUCUCCCCGGGAAGCCUUCGGUGUCCCUGUCUCCGGACUAUCCGGCCUAUGUGGAUGGAGACAAAGUGGAGAUUAACUGCUCAGCGCCCCCCGGUGCCUCCCUGGUGCAGUACGGGUUUUACCAGAACAGGACACCCCUAGGAUCCCCGCCAGGAAACGCUUCAUCUUGGCGGACGGAUCUUCAAGCAAACACCAGAAACACCACCCGGUCCUUCGCCUGCACCUACGUGGAGCUGAUCAGGGGGAGGGAAGUGCCCUCCUAUGCCAGUGACCCCGUCUCCGUCUCCGUGUUCCCGGCGCUGGCCGCCCCGUCCCUGCAGCUCAUCCCGCCCCACCCGCUCUAUGUGACGGGGGAGACGGUGACAGCUGAGUGCGUUGUCCCCGCUGAGCCCUACGUCCCCUCGGCCCACUGGGUGCUGAGAAACGGGGAGACACUUCAAGAGCUGCUGGGGCCCCGGUUCCCCCUGAACGUCACCCCCAGCGACAGCGGGACCUACCAGUGUGGGUACAAAACAGAGCUCCACGGACGCCACCUCCGCUCACCCCCCAGCGAGCCGGUGCCACUGAGUGUGACUGAUCCCCCUCCCCAGCCACAGCUGAGUGUGGAUCCCCUGUCUGGAGUGGUGAGUGAAGGGCUCCCCCUUCUCAUCACCUGCACUGCCCCCGGGGACACCAGCGAGAGGAGGUUUCACUUCUACAAGGAUGGAGCUGAGAUCCCCUCUGGGGACACAGGGUCUGAGAUCAGCACCAUGGAGCCUGGCACCAGCUUUAUGAACUCUGUACUCAGCGUCCUGCGAGCCAGUCCCAGCAACACUGGGCAAUUCAGCUGCGGGUACGAGGUGAACAUGAGCGGCAGGUGGAUCCCAUCCCCCCAGAGCCAGGCUGUGAACGUCACCAUGACAGCCUGGUCUCUGCCCGUCCCCCUGGUGGCUGGGUGCGGUGGGGCUGCCACGGCUCUGGCGCUGCUGCUGCUGCUCAUCCCCCUCUGCAGGAAGAAGACAGCAGGUGCGUGA